AUGGCAUCUCUUAUUAAAAGUCAAAUUGGUUAUAAAGAAACAUUAAAACGUGCUUAUCAGAAUUUCCGAAAAUCUCCAAAAGAUAGACUGGCCAAAGUUUCCUAUAUUAAAACGAAAUUAGAAUUGUUAGAAAGUGAUUGGAAAAUAGUAACUAAUAAUCAUAACAGGAUUUUAGAAAAUUUUGAUAGCACAAUUGAAGAAGAAUAUUUAAAUUUAUAUGAAGAGUUGGAGGACACAUACUUAAAUUAUAAACUAAGUUUAUUGGAUGUGUUGCCCAACUCUGACAAUGUUAUGGAUAAUCCUUGUAUGAAUAACCAGUCUUGUAAAGGUGAAUCAAAUUUAAGAUUACCAAAAAUUAGUAUUCCUGUAUUUUCGGGAAAUUAUUCAGAUUGGCAAACCUUUAAAGACCUUUUCGAAUCCUUAAUCCAUAACAACACAUCUUUAGACAAAAUAGAAAAAUUUCAUUAUUUAAAGGGGCUUCUUACUGGAGAAGCCGAACAGAUAUUGCGACAUGUUACUUUAUAUGCAGCGAAUUAUGAUCAGUCCUGGACUUUAUUAAAUGAUAGAUUUAACAAUAAGAAAUAUUUGGUGAAUUGUUUAUUAGAUCGGUUAUUAAAUCAAUCAGCUAUUGUACAUGAAUCGUGUAAAGCAAUAAAGACGCUGUUUGAUACUACGAAUGAUACCUUACAGGGUUUAAAAAAUUUAGGAUUACAUGUUGAACAUUGGGACACUAUUGUUAUUUAUAUUCUAACGAAGAAAAUUGAUACGGAAUCCCGAAAGUUGUGGGAACAAAGAAUUUGUACAUCAAAUGAUCUACCAACAAUAUUAGAAUUCAAACAAUUUUUAGAAUCUCGUUUUAGAUCUCUUGAAUUUUUGGAUAUUAAAAAUACUAAAAGGAUUACAAAUUAUCAAAACAAAGUACAUCAUGUGGUGUCAAAUUCUAGUUCAAACGUAUGUGCAUAUUGUAAUAGAUCAAAUCACAAAAUUGUUAAUUGUAAGGAAUUUUGUAAAAUGGAUUAUGAAGGCUGUCAUAAUUUUAUCAAAUCUAGUAAUCUUUGUUUCAAUUGUUUGGGAAGCAGUCACUUAGCUAUCGCGUGUCGUUCGUCAAAGUGUAGGGUUUGCCGUAACAACCAUCAUUCUUUGCUUCAUCCUCCAAAACAAAAAAUAGAUUCAACAAUCAAUUUGAAUCCGGGUGAAGGUAUGGUCUCUGAUUCCAAAAUAUCAAUAAACGAAACACCAGUCCAUAACUUGCCUUCAAUUUCAAAUAUCUCUACACACUUUAUGCAACAGAUUGCUCCUAAAGAGGUCCUAUUAGCAACAGCUGUGAUUAAGGCUCAAGCGAAAAAUGGUCAAUUUUACCUAUUGCGAGCAUUACUCGACCAAGGCUCGCAGGCGUCUUUCAUAACAGAAUCGGCAGUACAGCUUCUUGGGCUAAGAAAGACAUUAAAUAAGAGCAUUAUUUCUGGACUGGGUGGUGAUAAGGGUGUUUUGGCUUCUAAAUAUAAUGUUGAAGUAUUGGUUCAAUCAAAUCAUGAUCACAAUUUUGAAAUGGAAGCACAAGCCCAUGUACUGCGAACUAUCACAAGCUUGCUUCCUUCAACGAAAAUUCAGAAAGUAGAUUGGCCUCAAUUAUUUUCUUUAAAUUUGGCUGAUCCUCAUUAUAGCACACCUUCUAAAAUAGACAUUUUAUUGGGUGCUGAUGUCUACGGUGAUGUCAUCAAGGUCGGGUUAGUUCGGGAUCCAAACGGUGGAUUGACGGCUCAAUUCACUGCUUUAGGUUGGGUUUUAUCUGGUCCCACUAACUUAGUUAAUGAGGAAAUUGCAGCACAAACGCAAUGUCAUCAUAACUUGAUACUUAGUAUGCAUACUCAAACUCAGAUUGAUGAUAAUGAGUUAUUAAAGCGGUUUUGGCAACUUGAUUCUGAUUCUGAUUCCGACAACACUAAAAUUCUCUCCGAGGAGGAGACUAGAUGUGAGGAGUUUUAUGCGAAAACAACACAACGAAGCGAAACCGGACGAUACGUUGUUCGUUUACCUUUUAAGGAAACGGACCCUCAAUGUAAAUAUGGAAGAUCUCGAGAUAUUGCAAUUAAAAGACUCCGUCUUCUUGAACAGAGAUUCAAGAAAAAUCCUGAGUUAAAGGCACGUUAUUCCGCAGUCAUGCAAGAAUACCUCGAUCUUGGUCAUAUGGAACAUGUUACUGUAAAAGAUAAAGAUCCAUUAGAAUGUGUAUAUCUUCCACAUCACGGCGUCAUACGUGAAGACAAGACCACGACCAAGGUCAGAGUCGUAUUUGACGCAUCUUGUAAAGGAACAAACGGAAUAUCUCUGAAUCAAACAUUGAUGGUGGGUCCCAAGCUCCAGCAAGAUCUACGUCACAUUAUAAUGAGAUGGCGAAUGCAUCCCAUUUGUCUGAGCGCGGACAUCGUAAAAAUGUAUCGGCAAGUGGUCGUUACUGACGCUGAUGCAGAUUUUCAACGACUUGUCUGGAGAGAAGAUGAGGAAUCUGAAAUAAAAGAUUACAGAUUAAUAAGAGUUACGUUUGGCACAGCUUGUGCUCCUUACUUAGCUGUGAAGACGUUGCAACAACUCGCCAUUGAUGAACACAAAGAAUGCCCUGAUGUAGCUGAAAAAAUUAUAACAGAUUAUUAUGUAGAUGAUUUAUUGACUGGGUGUGAAACAGUAGAAGAAGGACUUAGGAUAUAA